CAGUUGGGUGGAGACAAAUGAAGAUCACAUAAGGAGUCCAAGUUCAAGUACAAAGAUCAGAGCAUUACCAGACUAAAUAAAUAACAAGCCUUUAGACAGACCCCGAGUUCAGUGGUUUGGAUCCACAAAAGUUUUAUUUCGCGUUUUGUGUGCCACUGAAGAACUGAAUAAUGGCAGACAGAGAAAAGGCGACGGAUCAGAUGAAACUGUGGAAGCAGGGUCGAGGCUCUCAGCGGCCAGAUGUCCUGACCACUGGAGCCGGAGUCCCGGUUGGGGACAAGUUAAACUCAAUGACGGCGGGUCCGCGUGGGCCACUUCUGGUCCAGGACGUGGUGUUUACUGAUGAAAUGGCCCACUUUGACCGAGAGCGGAUACCAGAGAGAGUCGUGCACGCUAAAGGAGCAGGAGCGUUUGGCUACUUCGAAGUGACCCAUGACAUCACCCGCUAUUGUAAAGCCAAAGUGUUCGAGCAUGUUGGAAAGACUACACCCAUCGCUGUUCGCUUUUCCACUGUGGCUGGUGAGUCUGGGUCGGCAGAUACCGUGCGAGAUCCUCGAGGAUUUGCGGUGAAGUUCUACACCGAUGAGGGCAACUGGGAUCUUACUGGAAACAACACCCCAAUCUUCUUUAUCAGGGAUGCACUUCUGUUUCCGUCCUUCAUCCACUCUCAGAAGCGGAAUCCGCAGACUCACUUGAAGGAUCCGGAUAUGGUUUGGGAUUUCUGGAGUUUGCGUCCUGAAUCGUUGCACCAGGUGUCUUUCCUGUUCAGCGAUCGGGGAAUUCCGGAUGGCCACCGUCAUAUGAACGGAUACGGAUCGCACACUUUCAAACUGGUCAACGCUCAGGGAGAGCCGGUGUACUGCAAGUUCCACUACAAGACUGAUCAGGGCAUUAAGAAUUUGACCGUUGAAGAGGCGGAUCGUCUUGCAUACACCGACCCAGAUUACGGCAUCAGAGAUCUCUACAAUGCCAUCUCCAAUGGCAACUUCCCAUCCUGGACCUUCUACAUCCAGGUCAUGACCUUUGAGCAGGCGGAGAACUGGAAGUGGAAUCCGUUUGAUUUGACUAAGGUCUGGUCCCAUAAGGAAUUCCCUCUGAUUCCUGUGGGACGCCUUGUGUUGAACCGAAACCCCGUGAACUAUUUCGCUGAGGUUGAGCAGCUGGCAUUCGAUCCCAGUAACAUGCCGCCCGGCAUUGAGGCCAGCCCGGACAAGAUGCUGCAGGGGCGUCUUUUCUCUUACCCAGACACACAUCGGCAUCGGCUCGGAGCGAACUACCUCCAGCUGCCUGUCAACUGCCCCUACCGCACACGUGUGGCAAACUACCAGAGAGAUGGCCCCAUGUGCAUGUACGACAACCAGGGGGGAGCUCCUAACUACUUCCCCAACAGCUUCAGUGCUCCUGAUACCCAGCCGUGCUUCCUCGAGUCAAAGUGUCAAGUGUCUCCUGACGUGGGCCGGUACAACAGCGCAGAUGAUGACAAUGUGACCCAGGUGCGCACAUUCUUCACCGAGGUGCUGAACGAAGCCGAGCGAGAGCGUCUGUGUCAGAACAUGGCUGGCCAUCUGAAAGGAGCUCAACUGUUUAUCCAGAAACGCAUGGUGCAAAACCUGAUGGCCGUUCACAGCGAUUAUGGUACUCGUGUUCAGACUCUCCUGGAUAAACACAACGCUGAAGGAAAAAAGAACACUAUUCAUGUUUAUAGUCGCGGUGGACCGUCUGCUGUGGCUGCAGCCUCUAAGAUGUGAUUUAAAAGUGCUUGCCCAUCUCACACACACACACACACACACACACACACACAUUCAUUCUCUUAUAGAGUGUGAUAUUAGAGUCAUGAUGCUUAACUCAUUCCUUGUGUGCUGUAGAAAUACAAACAUCAUAUCUAACGUUGCCAAUUCACACACGAUUGGUAUUUGCAAAUGCAACAUUGAUUCUUUAAUCAUGAUUUAUGCAAUUAAACCAAAUAAAGGCCUUUGAUGCAUACGCAAGUUUGAGCUAAUCCAAACUAAAUCGGCCUGUUUCAGAAUAUUUCUGCAUUUUGAUUGUGUGCGACUUGUAGAAUAGCCAAAAAAUAAUCUGAGAAUUAACACAAAUGUUUUUAAAUAGAAAUACUGUGUGAUGCUUUAGAUCUUUAUCUUGGCUACUGAUGCAGUUUAAAGCUGAAUAGGAGAAAUUCUCAACUCUUUCCGUCCCUUUUGCCUUAACUGAAUAUAAUUCAGUUGUGUUAACAAGAAUGUAAUGCUUUGUCAUUUUGUAAUUAAUAAAUGAGAAUAUUUGAUCUCUA